AUGAAUGACCCAAGGACCACCGUCACACUCGACCAACGCAGCGUCAGAGAUGAGAAGGUCGAUGUUGCUCAAUCAGAAUAUAUGGUCGAAUCCGACAAGGAGUCUCAUGAGCCUCUCGACUACUCUGGUGCUCAUGAGAAGACCGACCCUGCCGAAAUCAAGCUCGUCAAGCGACUCGAUCUCUUCAUCAUGCCAACAUUAUGGGCUAUGUACUGGUUGAAUUAUCUCGAUCGAAACGCCAUUGCACUUGCUCGACUAGACAACCUCCAGAAAGACCUCAAGUUGACCAGCGCACAAUACCAAACAUGUGUCUCCAUCUUGUUCGUUGGUUACAUUCUUGGUCAAGUUCCGUCAAACAUGCUGCUUACCCGAGUUCGACCUUCCUGGUAUAUGGCUUCCUGCAUGUCUCUCUGGGCCGUGGUCAGUGCUCUGACUGCGUUGGCAAAAGACUACAAGGGACUACUGCUUACACGAUUCUUUCUCGGCGUCGUUGAAGCUCCAUACUAUCCCGGUGCUCUUUAUAUUCUCGGUAUUUUCUACACUCGAAAGGAGAUUGCUACCCGAAUUUCAAUUCUAUACACUGGUAACAUCCUCGCAACUGCAUUCGCUGGCCUCAUCGCACUCGGCAUCUUCGAGCUCAGUGGCGUGGCUGGCAUCAAGGGCUGGCAAUGGUUGUUCAUCAUCCAGGGAGCAGCUACGUUGCUUGUCGCUAUACUCUCCAUCCUCACCCUGCCAGACAACCCACUUACUACCAAAUGGCUAUCACCUGAACAGCGACAACUGGCCGAGUCGAGAAUCGUCAAGGACACAGUCGGUGGCAAGGCCAAGACCAGCACUUUUGCAGGUCUCAAGGAGGCUGCUAGCGACCCUAAGCUGUGGCUCUUUGCAUUCAUGCAACACAUGCAUUUGGCUGCCAACGGUUUCAAGAACUUCUUCCCUACUGCCGUCGAGACUCUAGGAUUCAACCGAACGAUUACUCUUGUUCUUACCUGCCCUCCAUACCUCAUUGCUGGUGCCAUCUCAGUUGCGUACUCUUAUAGUUCAGGAAGGUUCAACGAGAGAACAUGGCACAUCACAUGCGCCAAAGCGGUCGCAGUAUUCGGCUUUGUGCUCGGCUGCGCAACUCUCAACACUGGUGCACGCUACUUUGCUAUGAUCGUCUUUGCAAUCGGUACUUAUGCAGUCAACAGUAUCAUUCUCGGCUGGGUAGCCUCCACCUGUGGACAGACGAAGGAGAAGAAGGCAUCAUCGCUGGCGAUCGUCAACACGAUUGCAAACGUUUCCUUCAUCUGGACACCUUAUCUAUGGCCAAGUAGCGAUGAACCGCGAUACACCAUCGCCAUGACAUCGUCGGCUGCCUUCUCGGUUGCAACAGCAAGUGGCGCUUGGGUCAUGAAGUUCUGGUUGAUGAGACUCAACAAGAAUAUCAGGCAAUCCAAUGACGAAACAGUACUGAGAUUUGCUUAUUGA